AAAUUUUGAAUGUAUCCAUUCAUAGUCAGCUCACUUCACUUUUGAUUGGAUAUAAAACAUCAUAUGCGCGAUAUUCUUGUGCCAAUUCCAAAUUACCUUAUGAGCGACAGCACACGUAUAGCUGCGGCGCCCCCACCGCCGAAGACGCGUAAGACGCGCUACUGUUUUCGACCUGGUGACGACAGGCUGCUGCUUCAGGCUGUACUUGAUGACCCAGACGUCUUCUCCCCUGCUCGAGUUCGACGCUCUAAUGCGUGGGAAGACAUAAGGACCAUUCUCCAUCGCGAAGGGAUUCUCGCCAGCACCCACGGACUGCGCUGUCGUCUACAGCGAGUUGCUGAGACGUUUCAGAAAGAGGUAGCCGAAGGGAAGCAACCAGCGGAGUACACGGAGCUGGAGAAACUACUGGCCAAGUACAUCAAGGCAGAGUCGGAAUACGAACAGCAGAGGGCAGUUGCUCAGUACACACAGGCAGAGGCUGCGUUUCUGCGGAAGAAGGCGAGGGUUGAUCGGCGGGUCAAGAGUAGUCGGGUCUCGUUUGAUAGUGACCACAGCUCAGUCGAUACAGAGUCCGAGGGAGAACAGACUACUGCCACCAAUGCGGUCCAACCGGUUAUGGCAGCAACAGCAGCACCUGUAGCAGCUCAGCCACCCAUUCCGCUUCCUACGGUAGUGACCACUAAGAAGACUAAGGGAAAACGCUUCUCCUUCGAGGAACACCAUGACGUGCUGCUAUUGAAGGCAGUGCUGGCCGAUAAGGGUGCUCUCUCAGCCUCCGGGGUGAGAAGACGACAGUGGAAAAAGAUCGAAACUUCACUAAAUAGGCAAGGAAUAACCGUGAAAGCGCACACCAUUCGCGAGCAUCUCCGGUUGCUAGUGACAGCUCACCGAUUUGAAGAGAGCACAAGAGAUCUGGAUCAACUCGGGUUGUCUGAGAGACAGCAGCUUUUGAGAACGUAUUGCAAGAAAAUGGAGGACGAAGAACAGCACACUCAAGACACUACCGACGAUCAGUCCUUCGAGCCAGUGCCUGAAUCAGAUGCCCAAGACAACGACGUCGUCGCUACAGCUAACCAGCCAGUAGAAGUAGCUGCCACUUCACCGGCUAGUCGAAGUCCAUCCCGUACUCGAACUCGUGAGGUUAUCAUCACCUCAGAGAUAACUUCAGCGCCCAGAGCCUCUGUAGUCCAACCUCCACUAUUUGCUGAAGAAAGGGAAGUCGAGGAACCUGCGACGAAAAGGCAGAAGCUGGAGCUGGACACAAUUCUGGAGCGCUUUUUAGCUGACCAGAAGGAACGUCAACAAGAGCAAAUCGAGCACGAGCGCACGAGACUGAGCGAACAACAAGAGUUGCAGCGCCAGACGGUUGACUUACAAAAGCGAGCACUGGAUAUUCAAGAGAAGGCGAUGAACAUGCAGGAGCGGCUCAUGGCUUUGAUGGAGAAGGUGAUGGAUAAGCUUAGUUGAGGACCCAUGCAGCAUGCGUGAUACAUGCGCAAAAUUUCGCGCAAUGGUAAUUCGGUAUUCUACAUAUCUUUUUUUCUUUCGUUAUUACUUGCUAGUUAACCAUAAUGGACUGUCCGAAUAACAAAUAUGCUUACCAAC